GUUUUUUCGCUAAUUUCUUCUUCACGUGUCAACUUCAAAAUCCUUUUUGAUCUCGUAAUUUCUAUGUACUAUUUUUUUUUUUGGUUUGUUUUGCACGAGUCCAUUUAGACAUUAUAUAUACAAGUGUUCACAAGAAUAUCAUACAGUUUUAGGUUUCCUUGGUAAACUAAAUUAAGAGCAAGCUGUUUAAAUUUUCGCGCGGAUGGAUCAAGAAAGAGUAAAGCCUGAUAGAGACGUUGUUAUUGCUGAAGAAGUUGGCCGCGUCAGAGUGCUCACCUUAAAUCGGCCAAAUCAGUUAAAUGCCAUCUCAGGCAAAGAGGCAUUAUUGCUGGGAAAGAACCUCGAGAAAUUUGAGAAAGAUGACAACACACAGCUAGUUAUCGUUAAGGCAACAGGGCGAGCUUUUUCUGCUGGUGGGGACUUGAAAAUGUUCUAUGACGGUCGAAGAACAAGGGAUUCCUGCCUUGAAGCUACUUAUCGAAUGUAUUGGCUUUGCUACCAAAUUCACACAUAUAAGAAGCCUCUGGUUGCUCUUGUUCAUGGAAUGUCAAUGGGUGGAGGUGCAUCCUUGAUGGUUCCAAUGAGGUUCUCCGUUGUCACAGAAAAUACUGUAUUUUCAACUCCAGAAGCACUUAUUGGGUUCCACCCAGAUUGUGGCUUCUCGUACAUGCUUUCUCGACUUCCUGAUCGACUAGGAGAAUACUUGGGGUUAACAGGAGCAAGGCUAAAGGGUAAAGAGGUCGUUGCUGCAGGACUUGCCACACAUUUUAUCCCUUCUCAGAAAUUGGUUGAGCUAGAGAAGCGCUUAUUAAGCUUAAACACCAGUGAUGAGAAAGUCAUUGAAUCUGUCAUCAAGGAAUUUUCUACAGAUAUUGAAAUAGAUGAACAUAGUGUCUUGAAUAAGCUGUCGAUAAUCAAUGAAUGUUUUUCCAAGGAUUCUGCUGAGCAGAUAUUGAUGUCAUUUGAAGCUGAGGCACACAGAGAAGGAAAUGGUUGGAUUCAACCAGUGCUAAAACACUUAAGAAGAUCAUCCCCAACGGGACUAAAAGUAACAUUAAGAUCGAUUCGAGAAGGAAGGAAACAGACGUUAUUAGAAUGCUUGAAGAGAGAAUUCAGAAUUACAAUUAACACAUUAAGGACAAUAAUAUCUAGUGAUUUCUAUGAGGGCAUAAGGGCAAUCGCCAUUGACAAGGAUAACUCUCCCAAGUGGUGUCCUUCAACUCUUGACAAGGUGAAGGAUGAGCAACUCAACUUGAUCUUCAAAAAUUUCGAACAACAUUUGGAGCUCCAGAUUUUAGAAAAUGAAGAGCAUAGGUGGGAAGGGAAAUAUGAUAAUUCAGCUUAUUAUCAUCUUAACCAGGCCGAGAAAAAUAAAAAAGCACUGCCGUCAACAGCUCCUAGAAUCGGUCUUAUACAGUCUGCCUUGUGAUAUCAGCAAUAACUAAAAAUAUAGUGUUCACAUUCACGGUAGUUCUUGUUUACAACUAGGGGACCUAUACAUAAAAUGAAUGCGUGAGGGACUCACAUGUUAUUUCGAAUUAGCUAGAGGACUUGUUGUAAAGAAUGGUAAAAGAUUUAUCGUU